UCUACUUAGUUCUAAUCUCUCUCUCUCUCUCUUCACCCAAAUCUACUUGAAAUAGAGAUCUACAAGAGUACUGGUUUCAAACUCUUCCAUACUUGACAAUUUGUAUAGGAAGUUUCACUUUUGAGCUGCAACUGCAAACACCCAGAAAUGAAUUUUCAGUCCAGUUCAAAAGAAAACCAACACCAAAUGAAACCAAAUAGAAAAAGGCUUACCCAGGACCAGAUCAGGCUCUUGGAGACAAGCUUCAAUUCUAAAGAGAAGCUCCAAGUAGACGACAAACUUGAGCUUGCACACAGACUAGGCCUGCCACCAAGACAGGUAGCAAUAUGGUACCAAAAUAGACGAGUACGUGAGAAAAUCUGUACCAUAGAGUUCGACCACAAGACCACCCAACUACAGCUUGACAGUGUGUUGGCAGAAAAUAGAAGGCUAGAACAAGAAGUUGGCAUGCUGAAACAUGAGCUCAACAAGGCUCUACAGAUGCUAUCUGUAGCUAACCCAUCUAUCAGUCUUCUGCCCUCGUCAACAUCUCAUGACAAUGAUCACACCAGCACAAGCUCUCCUGACAACAUGAUAUACGGUUGGAAAGAUUCAGGGGUGCUGCCAUUAGACGAGUUAUAUUCUUGCCUGAUUAGCCAUGGAGGCCAGCCUGCAAAACAGGACAGAAAUGUUCAGUUCAUUCAGUGAGAUUUUAAUGUAUAAAAAUGUUUAAAAUUACUUGCAAGAGAAGCUAUUUGAAGUUGAAAUUACAAAAUUAGCUCUGGGUA